UUUUCUGCACGUCUGCUACACCCAGUUAACUUGCGCGCUACAAACUAGAGAUGAAAACAGCAGUUUAUUUGACUCAGUUUGGGCAACUUUUCGAACCCGGACGUGCCUUUAACACUGUGCUUCUUUCAAUCGCGCCAGUGGCAAGACCAGGACAGCCGGAGAAUCACGUCCCCGCUUCACAGACGCGUCUGCCGGGGCCGUGACAAAAGAUCGAUAAAUUGUUUGGGUUGGAAUUACCCGAACGGUCUCCGGAAGCGGGUCACACCUACACUUCACAUCGCAAAGAUGCAGCAGACAGUUCGAGCCUUCGACCACUGCGUCACCGCGCCUGUGGAACCCUGUCAAUCGUUUUUCCACAUGCGAUUAGCAGAGAAGUGAGCUUUGAUCGAAAUGCAGCCCGACGACGUGUCCAUUCGGCGGAACGUCCGCAACUGCGAACUGGACGUGCACCCGACCGAGAAGGCUCUCGUGGUCCGGUACGAGGUGGAAGCGGUCCUCCUGGGAGACGACGGGCCGGCAAUCGAGCAGAGCCGUUCGUGCCAGAAGCUCAUACGCGUCAAGAGCAUCAACGCCGCGACCGAUGUCGCUGCGCUGGCUCGCGAAAUUGUCGCCAAGUGUGACCUCUUGCACGAAUCCCAGACGGCCCGCGUGGAGCGGCUGCUGUUGUACCUACAGCAGCGUAGGGACAACGGGACCGCCAGCAGGCCUCAGACAGGAUCGCAGCACGGAAGUUCGUCACCAUCGGGGGGUCGAGCAGCAUCGACAGCCAGCAUGGCCUGCCUCGAGUCCUACGUGGAAAUGCUGUACGAGGAAGGGGAGGACAAGGUGCGUGGUUCGGCCAUGGUGCUGCAGCUGGCACGCAGUGCAGACAACUUGGGCGAGCUGGCAGCCAAUGACACCCUGUUGUGUGCACUGGCACGGGUGUUGCGAGAGGACGGCCGCAGGGACACCCAGCUGGCCACAAACUUGGCCUAUGUCUUCUUCUGCCUCUCAACAUUCUCGCAGUUCCACCCGGUCAUUGCCGAGUACAAGGUUGGCUCCAUCUGCCUCGAUUUGGUGGAGUACGAGCUGCGACGGCAUGCUCACUGGAAAGAGGAGCUGUCGCGAGCACCAGAUGACGAGCGUAGUCGGCGCAAGUUCGUGGGGUUAACGCGCCGACAGGACCAGCUGCUACGUGUGUGCCUCUACCUGCUUCUCAAUGUGGCCGAGGAGGCACGCAGCGAGAUCAAGAUGGUCAAUCGUGGACUCGUGCCCAUGCUUGUUGAGUGCCUUGAACGGGAACAGACGGACCUGCUUUUGCUGGCAGUCUGCUUCUUGAAAAAGCUGUCCGUCUACUACGAAAAUCAGGCUGAGAUGGCUCGGCUACCGACUAUUGAACGGCUCGCACCACUGCUGUCUCAAGAGCCGCUCACGUCGGCCGUGCUGCGCCUGCUGCUCAACCUGUCCUUUGACCGUAGCCACCGCACCGCCAUGUCGGCAGCGGGGCUCAUCCCAAAAUUCGUUCAGCUCCUCGUCAAGGAAGGACGUGCAGCGGCUGACGAGACUCCGAUCCUCUGCAUCUUGUAUCACCUGAGCCUCGACGAUCGGUGCAAGUCCCAGUUUCCCUACACGGACUGCAUGCCGUGGCUGGUCAGGUCCCUCCUUGCAAGCCAGAGUCCACAGCCAGCUCCACUAGCACUAGCCAUAAGUCUGGCCAGCCAUCGACGCAAUGCCCAGCUCUUUUCUGGGGCUCUCGAGAAGCUGUUAGAGCGUGCUUUACGGGAUGCGGAUGCCCUGUACUUGCGGCUCGUACGGACCGUAGCACAGCACAAUGGCGCAGCUCGCGGAGCGGCUCUCGCGUCCAAUGCGGAGGCCCUCUGUACUGCACUCUUGCAGCAUUCCGCAACAGAGAGUGACUUUGCAGUAGAGUGCGCUUCCACACUAGCGCAGCUGGAAGGGGGAGCCUUCGGGAAACUGUUGGAUCGGCUUCUACCGUGGAUUCGUAGCCACCUCGCCGAAGGGCCAGAUGAGCUGCUUGUGCCUUUGGUUCAACUGGUGGCCACAGUGGCACGAAGCAAUGAGACUUGUGCCCGAGCCAUAGUGCAACAAGGUCUGGUUACCGACUUGACAGGCCUGCUCAGAGCCAGGCAGGAAGAUGACCAACUAGUGCUGCAGGUGGCAUAUGUGUUCGAUGCCUUGAUCAGCAGUGGCGGCACUGCUGUGCGCGAAACACUUGUGCAAGGUGCACAGGAGGUGCCAGCAUACCUGCUAGACCUUCUCCAUGACCGCAACGCAGAGGUGGGGCGCAUCUGCAGUCACGCAUUGACCGUGUUGGCCCACUACUACCCGGAGUGGGACCGUCGGCUGCGUGAAGCACGCUUCUGCUGGCACAAUGCACAGUGGCUGGCUGUAGUCCAAUCUGGAGAAGCCCCCGAGGAACAUGAAGAGGGCCCCUGCGAGCAGUUUCUGGACCGAUCAGACCUUCUAUCCAAUGGUAGCGCCGCUUCUGAUCCCUGAGCAACUGCCCUCAAAACUGACUGUGACGAAGCUCACGGGUGUCCCCGAGGAAGCUCAAGUUGGUCUACUGAGGCUUUUCCAAGGACUGAUAAAACACCAUCCGUUAUGAAGGUGACAGAUUCUACACAAGGCAUAUAAAAUAGUAAACUACAGUGAUGAUGAUCCGUGUGCAAGUGAUGGUAAACUGCAAGCGAUGUACACCUAAAGUCAUGACAGCAGUGGCUGCCACAUUCCUGUAUUUGUGGGCCCAACAUAAUGUACGUUAUUGCAUUCAUGUAUUUUCUGAUGCUGUAGACACAAGGUUCACCGAGUUACCCAUGAACCGGACUGCCAAAAGGAGAUGCAUUGGCCUAUGCCAUCACAGUUGCACUGAACCUGUGAAGGAAGAGAAUAUAUUCUUACAUUAUAAGAAUAUGCUUACUGGUGAUGACUGACAACUAUCUUGGCAACGCAACAAUGUUUAUAAUGGUCACAAAGUUUAUUGCUUUUAAAUUUAUAGACUUCAUCGUAGGUCUUGUCAAGAUGGCAAAGAGAACUGGAAGUUUACAAAAGGCUUGCGUCAUGUUAUUAGAAUAUGUGUAAUGUUAUUAGAACAAACAGAAGAGGAGUUAUUGCAGUUGUGGUGUGUGUUUUGUGCCGUAACAAAGGUGGGAGAUGAAAUGCUUUACUUGGAAAUGUUGAUAUUGCACUGCUGUGUGACUAGUCUGCUGCAGAAGGCAGCUGUUGUAGCUACGAGCAGAUAGCACACUUGCACUUAAGUUAGCAGUCUAGAUGCAAUCAUGUCUAGCAACCAUGUGUGCACAGUAUUUUUGUGGCUGUGUAUCUGUACCAAAAUGCUUACAGAGCAAGUGCUUUGGCAAAAGGAGUUGAACUUUCUCACCUCGGCCCAAAUAGUGGAAACAGUAUGUGUAGCUUGCACUUGAGAGUAUAAAUCCUGCAACUACACCUUGACGACACGCUGUGUUUUCUCUUCUCUGUCGUCAUCUUAUUUCGCGCCUUUUGAUGUCACGAGUCAAAACCAAUUUGCCCAGCUUUUCAUUGUGAUAAAAUUUUGGCCAUAGGUCUGCAGUGUCAGCUGCUCUAAGUGAAUGUGAGAUCGAUCAAUUCGAACCAAAUCAAUUUUUAUUCAACAUCUAAGAGCUGUGCACAAUCCUGGUUUUCAUUUCAAAUGGCAAGUGCUAUGAGGAGUUUGAAUACCGUAAUGAGUUGGUUCCCCUACGUAGCAAAAUUGGUGUACCACACGAAUGGCCAUGUUCUUUAGGUUGAAGUGCAACUUUCAAAGCAUUCCCUAAGCUCCCUCAUUAUAUUCCAAAGCCUGUGGUGCUUAUCAAAGGCUAGGAUAGUGUUGGAAUUCAAGGCUUCGUAUUAUUCUUAUCAUAAGAGCCAAUUCAAAGCCUAGACUUCAACUACUACUGCAUAUUUGAUAGCAGAGAAUAAUGUGAACUUAUCAUUCACUGUUAUCAUAUAUGGUGAAUCAUAUUUUGUGUCAGCACGCUCCCGCAGCAUUGUGGAAGUUGUAUAUCUAUCUCUGUACCUAAAGAAAAGUCAACUGCUACAUAACAUCGCUUUUGUGCGUCUCAUUCCGUUUAAAUUUGCAUGAACAAGAGUGCUGUCUUAAACAGCCUCUGAUCACCAAUUACUCAUCUCAGUUCUAAAAAUGGUGAGUGGGCAGGCCUUUUGUUUGAGUGUUCUGCUGGUGUUUAAUGAUGAUGGCUAGACCGUAUGGCGCACGAAAUUUAUCAAAAUUUCUAAAGCAUUCAUAUACACAUGAAAGGACAUACGGGAACAUUUGGACUUGAUUGUGGGUAACUAAUGCUGUUAGACAGACUAACUGGUUGCUUGCUUCAUGAAACAUGGUAAAGUACUCGGCCGAAUUGAACAGAACGCAAGAAGUAGACUCGAGCACCGCCAUCAUGGUAUUACAAACGUGUAGUCCUGUGUCUGUUGUCUCCAUGUCUGCAGCUUAUGUCCUCUUCAAUUUUCUCCGGUGUAACACAUCCCCAUUUAAGUUGAUCAUAAUGCUGCAUCACUUUAUCACUCGUAAUAAUUCAUAGAAGUCACGUAGAUCUUUGAACUUGUUCCGUACCCAUGCAUACAAUCGAUGAGAUUAGGCAUUGUAGGGAUGUCUCAGUAGGAGGCUACUUAAAAUCUAAGGCUUGUAUGUUGUACAAGACAUACUAGAAUGCGGUGCAGGCCCACUUAUACAGGCCAGGAUUGGGUGCUCUUUUUCACAUGCGAGCAGCUACACUAUGGUACUUGGUACAGCACACAUAUGGCAAUCUCACAUUGUGCUGACCUCACUACAAGUGAAAUGCAUUAGGCUAAUUGCUGCGUAGUGAGGCACUUAUCAUAUCAGAGUUCUUCAAUCAUACCAGUUACGAAACUGUUCCGAAACCCAGACAUUCCUGCGGAUGAAUUUGUGGAGGACAGCAAACGGACAUGCCACCUGGGUAUGAUGACUAAAACACAACGCAGUGACUGCUGCCAUUGAGCGAGUUACCACAGCAGGAAUCGGGCGAAUUACUUUCAAGAAACAUCGAUGAGUUCUGUGGGCGCGAUAUCAUUUGAAAAAAGUAAGCGGCAGAGACAAACGUAGUGCUCGCUUUAUCAAGCACGGUGUCUUCUGCAAUGCAAGAUACACACACACAAAAAACCCAUUUAUUAGUUGUUUUUUUUUGCCUACAUAUGGCACUGAAAUUAAAAGACUUCCGCAAUUUUGACCAAUGACGUGGUCUGGAUUUCGAUACAUGGAGCCCUUGUGUAGCUUGGCAACUCAUAUGAUUGAAGACUGCUUAUCAUUGCGUGCAAGCUGCAGAUGAACAGUAUUUUGCAGCUUUACAGAAAGAGUUCUUCCGUACUCGGUUUCUUUUUUGUCCUACAACUCAGCUCUUUGCUCAGGCUGCCCUGCUCACAUUUGGCAGACUGCUCUUGUAUAUUUUUGCAAAUAUUUAUUUCACAAUAAAGUGAAAAUGAUGACUUACACUCAA